AUGGGCUCCUCGCAGUCGUCAGCACCUCCAUCGAACGCGUCGGUAGAGGCGGGAAAGCCCGAGACGAGCAAAACGACACGCACAGCCCAUGAGCUGUCGCUGACCGCCGAAUCUGUCGAGGCUGCGAUCAAGCAAGACACGCUCGCCGAGUGGAACACUGCCUUUGAGAGCGACGACAAGAAGCGCCUUGCUCAGACGGUCCUGUGCAGGCAAGACAUCCUGACAGCGCUCGUCAACAGAGAUGCUACUAUCAGAGACGCCCAUGUCUUCAACACGACCAUCACAAAGGAGAGUGCCAAGGUCACCAAUCAGAUGUCAAGCGGCAGAUGCUGGCUCUUCGCUGCGUGCAAUGUUGCCCGACGCCAGGUGGCUACGAAAUACGACAUUGAGGAAUUUGAGCUUUCGCAGUCCUAUCUGUUCUUCUGGGACUCGCUCGAAAAGGCCAACUCCUUCCUAGAGAACAUGAUCAGUCUUGCUAACGAGCCUCUCGAUUCGCGUCUCAAUCAGUAUCUGCUCGAGACUCCGACAAACGAUGGCGGCCAAUGGGCAAUGUUCCAGAACUUGGUCAAAAAAUACGGCCUCGUUCCUCAAUCAGUCUAUCCCGAGUCAUUCAACAGCAGUAACACGAGCAAAGUAAAAACUAUCAUUCAGUCUAAGCUGCGUGAAUAUGCGCUUGACCUGCGCGAACUCAAAGAUGAGACUGCGACCGUCUUGCGCGAGGAUCACGGCUUCGACGAAAAGGCAGCUGACGCAAAGGCGAUCGAUGCUUGUCGACAGCGAAAGACAGAGCUUCUGCAAGAAAUCUACAACAUUCUCGUGACUGCGCUCGGCACGCCGCCAAAAGUAGAGGAACCAUUUACCUGGCAUUUCUACUACUCCAAGGACAAGAAAUACCAAAGCGUUACAAUGACACCUCUCGAAUUCAGCGUCAAGGCGACCGGCAACUUCAAGCCGGAAGCUACCAUCGCCCUCAUCAACGAUCCUCGUAACGAGUACGAUCAGCUCUACACCGUUGAUCGACUCAUGAACGUAUACGAGGGCGCCAAAGUCAAGUACCUCAACGUCACGGCAAAGGAGCUUUCGCAGGCUAUCGUCACCUGCCUGAAAGCUGACCGACCCGUCUGGUUUGGCUGCGAUGUCGGCAAGUACAGCAACUCUCAGCUGGGCAUUAUGGACACUGCCCUGUUUGACUUCAAGAACGCACUUGGCACGAAGCCCAAUUUGAGCAAAGCGCAGCGUCUUCGCACCGGUGAGAGUGCUAUGACCCAUGCAAUGCUGAUCUCGGCCUGUCAGCUCGACGAGAACGGUGAAGCUGUCAGCUUCAGAGUGGAGAACUCCUGGAGUGAGACCGUCGGCAGCAAAGGUUUCUUCGUCAUGUCAGCCGAUUGGUGCAACGAGUUCGUGUACCAAGUCAUUCUGCCCACUGAUCUCGCCGGAAAGAAAUGGCUAGACAUUUGGAAUUCCGGCGUUGCGCCUCAUGUCUUGCCGGCUUACGAUCCGAUGGGUGCUCUCGCAUGA